GGUUUCGCGGCUUCGGAGCCCAGCAUGGCCUCCUCACGACCCUCCUCCACGCAGGCAACUAAAACCUCUAAGGCACCUGAUGACUUAGUCGCUCCUGUUGUAAAGAAACCCCACAUCUAUUAUGGAAGUUUGGAAGAGAAGGAGAGGGAACGUCUGGCCAAAGGAGAGUCUGGAAUUUUGGGGAAAGAGGGACUUAAAGCAGGAAUCGAAGCAGGAAAUAUUAACAUAACCUCUGGAGAAGUGUUUGAGAUUGAAGAGCACAUCAGUGAGCGACAGGCAGAAGUGCUGGCCGAGUUUGAGAGAAGGAAGCGAGCCCGGCAAAUCAAUGUUUCCACGGAUGACUCGGAGGUCAAGGCUUGCCUGAGAGCCUUGGGGGAGCCCAUCACGCUUUUUGGAGAGGGCCCUGCUGAAAGAAGAGAAAGAUUAAGAAAUAUUCUUUCAGUGGUUGGUACUGAUGCCUUAAAAAAGACCAAAAAAGAUGAUGAAAAAUCUAAGAAGUCCAAAGAAGAGUAUCAGCAAACCUGGUACCAUGAAGGGCCAAACAGCCUAAAGGUUGCUAGACUAUGGAUUGCUAAUUACUCACUGCCCAGGGCAAUGAAACGCUUGGAAGAGGCUCGUCUCCAUAAAGAGAUUCCUGAGACAACCAGGACCUCUCAGAUGCAAGAGCUGCACAAAUCUCUUCGGUCUUUGAAUAAUUUCUGCAGUCAGAUUGGGGAUGACCGGCCUAUCUCCUAUUGUCACUUUAGUCCCAAUUCUAAAAUGCUGGCUACAGCUUGUUGGAGUGGGCUUUGCAAGCUCUGGUCUGUUCCUGAUUGCAACCUCCUUCACACUCUUCGAGGCCAUAACACAAACGUAGGAGCAAUUGUGUUCCAUCCCAAAUCCACAAUCUCCUUGGACCAAAAAGAUGUCAACCUGGCCUCUUGUGCUGCUGAUGGCUCUGUGAAGCUUUGGAGCCUUGACAGCGAUGAGCCAGUAGCAGAUAUUGAAGGACAUACAGUGCGUGUGGCCCGAGUAAUGUGGCAUCCCUCAGGACGUUUCCUGGGCACCACCUGCUAUGACCGCUCCUGGCGCUUGUGGGACCUGGAGGCGCAGGAGGAGAUCCUGCAUCAGGAGGGCCACAGCAUGGGUGUGUAUGAUAUUGCCUUCCAUCACGACGGCUCUUUGGCUGGCACUGGGGGACUGGAUGCAUUUGGUCGAGUUUGGGACCUGCGCACUGGACGCUGUAUCAUGUUCCUAGAAGGCCACCUGAAGGAAAUCUAUGGAAUAAAUUUUUCCCCCAAUGGCUACCACAUCGCCACUGGUAGUGGGGACAACACCUGCAAAGUGUGGGAUCUUCGGCAGCGGCGCUGCGUCUACACCAUCCCUGCCCAUCAGAACUUGGUGACUGGCGUCAAGUUUGAGCCCAUCCAUGGGAACUUCUUGCUCACUGGAGCCUAUGAUAAUACAGCCAAGAUCUGGACCCACCCAGGCUGGUCCCCACUGAAGACUCUGGCUGGCCAUGAGGGCAAAGUGAUGGGCCUAGACAUUUCUUCUGAUGGGCAGCUCAUAGCUACUUGCUCAUAUGACAGGACCUUCAAGCUCUGGAUGGCUGAAUAG